GUAAAAGUCUAAAUGGUACAGUCUGCGGAGGGGCUUACAUAUUUGGAAUCACAUCCAACUGUAGACUUCCACGCUUCUGAGUGUGAAAAGAGGACAACGAACAUGCGCUGACUGUGUUAAGAAAGCAAUCGUGACCCCUUUGCUGACACUAUUGAGUCGUUUCAUUUGUAGGUAGGGCGCGCGGAAUCACAGUUCCUCAGUUGCCACGGUUAUUACCUCAAGCGCAGCGCUUGCAGCGGGGAGAAAAGAGACUUGAGUAGAGCUCUGCGAAUUCAGUUUGUCUGUACUAUGGGCACAUUGUGUGGAAACUGACGGAUGCGCGUCAGAAUAUCUUGUUGGAUUUUGGCUUUCUUUGCGUCGCCAAUGCGAAAGGAAAUAUGCAGCGAAGCUUCGCCUUUCUCCUCACCAGUGUUGUAGGCUUUUGUUUAGGUUCAAGUUUUCCAAGUAAUAUUAAUAUAGGAGGAUUAUUCCCCACCGGCUCCCACGAAUAUGAGGUUUUUCGAUUUGCGCUUUCUCGACAUCAGGAUAUCCCUAAACUGGUACCACAAGUGGAUAUGGUCGAUACAGGGAGCAGCUUUGCCAUGACAUACGCAUUCUGCUCGCAGUUCUCCAAAGGAGUCUACGCCAUCAUUGGACUAUAUGACAAGAAGACCAUGAACAUGCUCAUGUCCUUCUGUGGAGCGCUUCACGUCUGCUUCGUCACUCCGAGUUUCCCCAUUGACACCAACAAUCAGUUUGUCAUCCAGCUUCGGCCGGAGCUGCAAGAUGCCUUGAUAGGUCUCGUGGAGCACUACAAGUGGAACAAGUUUGUCUACAUGUACAGCUCUGAAUCAGGUCUGACAGUUCUGCAGAAGAUCCUAGACACAGCCGCUGAAAAGACGUGGAAGGUGACCUCAGUAAACCUGGACAGCCUGACAGAGACGGCCUUUCUGAAGGUCAUUCAGGACCUGGAAAUUAAAAAAGACCACCGCGUCAUUCUAGACUGUGAGCUGGAGAGGCUCAACUCCAUCCUCAACCUGAUCGCAGCACAAAAGAAAAAUCUCAAAACGUACCACUUCAUCCUGGCAAACCUGGGCUUCAUGGAUCUGAAUCUGACGGAGUUUAAGAAGGGAGGUGCUAAUGUGACAGGCUUUCAGCUGGUGAACUACACAGACCCCCUUGUCAGCAGCACCAUACAGGACUGGUUGGAGUUUGACAGCAAGGAUCUAAAAAUUCCCAAAAGAAGACUGAAGUACACUGGAGCGCUCACCUACGACGGGGUGACUGUGAUGGCCACCGCCUUCCAGAACCUCAGAAAGCAGCGCAUUGACAUUUCGCGUCGAGGGAACGCCGGGGAGUGCCUGGCCAAUCCCCCGGCUCCCUGGGGCCAGGGCAUCGACAUCCAGAGAGCCCUGCAGCAGGUCCAAUUUGAGGGAAUAACAGGUCAUGUCCAGUUCAAUGACAAAGGCCAUCGGACCAACUUCACUGUCGACGUGAUAGAGCUUCAACCAAGUGGACCCAAAAAGGUGGGCUACUGGAACGAAAAAUAUGUCAACACGGCGACGUACUCCCCUUUCAACGAGACGCAACUUCUGAACAGGUCGUACGUAGUCACCACCAUCCUCGAGUCUCCCUACGUUAUGCUGAAGAAGAACCAUGAGAACUUUGAGGGAAAUGACAAGUAUGAGGGCUACUGUGUAGAGCUGGCAGCAGAAAUCGCCAGACAUGCCGGGUAUAACUACACGCUGGAGAUUGUGGGAGACGGGAAGUAUGGAGCCAAAGACGCCGAAACCAAGAUGUGGAAUGGUAUGGUGGGAGAGCUGGUCUAUGGUAAAGCUGAUGUUGCUGUGGCCCCUCUCACUAUAACUCUGGUGAGGGAGGAGGUAAUUGACUUCACCAAGCCCUUCAUGAGUCUGGGCAUCUCCAUCAUGAUCAAGAAGCCGACCAAGUCCAAGCCGGGGGUCUUCUCCUUCCUGGACCCGCUGGCCUACGAGAUCUGGAUGUGCAUCGUGUUCGCCUACAUCGGUGUGAGCGUGGUGCUGUUCCUGGUGAGCCGCUUCAGCCCCUACGAGUGGCACGGGGACGAUGCGGAGGACGGGGACGAGAUGCAGGGACACGGCCAGAACCAGUCGUCCUCCCCGCAGGCCGGCCAGUCCCAGGGCCAUCAGCAGCAGCAGCAGCAGCAGCAGCAGCCGGAGCACACCAACGAGUUUGGGAUUUUUAACAGCCUGUGGUUCUCCCUCGGAGCGUUCAUGCAGCAGGGCUGUGACAUCUCUCCAAGAUCUCUCUCAGGCCGUAUUGUUGGGGGUGUGUGGUGGUUCUUCACCCUCAUCAUCAUCUCGUCCUACACUGCCAACCUGGCAGCCUUCCUCACCGUGGAGAGGAUGGUCUCCCCCAUCGAGAGUGCUGAGGACCUGGCCAAGCAGACAGAGAUUGCCUAUGGUACACUGGAUGCUGGCUCCACCAAAGAAUUCUUCAGGAGAUCAAAGAUAGCCGUAUUUGAGAAGAUGUGGUCGUAUAUGAAGUCCGCAGACCCCUCAGUGUUUGUGAAAACUACCGACGAGGGAGUCGCCCGAGUUAGGAAGUCUAAGGGGAAGUAUGCUUACCUGCUGGAGUCUACCAUGAAUGAGUACAUUGAGCAGCGCAAGCCGUGUGACACCAUGAAGGUGGGGGGCAACCUGGACUCCAAGGGCUAUGGAGUAGCCACCCCCAAAGGAUCGCCUUUAAGAAUCCCCGUAAACCUAGCGGUGUUGAAGCUUAAUGAGCAAGCCAUCUUAGACAAAAUGAAAAACAAAUGGUGGUACGAUAAAGGGCAAUGUGGAAGCAAGGACUCCGGAAGAAAGGAUAAGACCAGUGCUCUGAGCCUCAGCAAUGUGGCCGGAGUGUUCUACAUCCUGAUUGGAGGCCUGGGGCUCGCCAUGCUUGUGGCCUUGGUCGAGUUCUGUUACAAGUCCAGGAUCGAGUCUCAGAGAAUGAAGCAAAUCAUUGACGCAGCCAUGCUGAGCUCCACGCUAAGCCGAAUCAGCGGUACGGGGAGUGGGGGUGAGAACGGACGCGUCGUCACCCACGACUUCCCCAAAUCCUCACAGACUCUCCCCUGCAUGAGCCAAGCAGCUGGCAUGGGCCUGAGCACCACGGGCAUGUGAUGGCCACCGUGGCCAACGCACAUCAGGCGACUCUAAGAGGGAGAAAUGGAGAGAGUGGGAGAGAGAGAGAAAGAGAGAGGGAGAGAAAGAGAGAGAGAGAGAGAGAGUGUGUGUGUGUGAGAUAAAGAGAGAGAGGAAGAAAAAAAAAGAAAAACGUUGCACUGCGGUAUUCCGCUCACCCACCACUGAACUACUGCCAAAUGGAUUCACUGACUGCUCUCUCUGGAUUCCUACAGGAAAGAUGAAGGGAAGAUCUCCAUUUUCUAAAAAAAACAACAACAAAAAACUGAAGUUUGGUCAUUUUUUGGAUCUCAUCUGCUGCAAUAAAGAAGCUGUUCUGAAGUUUUUUAAAAGGCAUACUUUUGUGGGAAAUGGAAAAAAAGGGAAGCUUGCCCCAAAAUGGUGACUCUUGCACUCUGCCAGAUCUGUUUCUCUUCUCUCCUUUGGUAUUUGAAAUACAGUCAUGCGCAAAUACUCUGCAUUGUCUGCCUUACCUUUUUGUCUGUUAAUGCCCAACCUCUUGGGCUGACAGUCCCGUGUCCCAAAUGAUUUUGCUUUUCUGCUAUGUCAAGCCCAAUUGUUUUGGAGGGCCACGUGCAAUGGAAAGGUAUUGUAUAAUGUGUUGUUUCAAUUCUGAUCCAAUUUUGGGAGCAGAUGGUGUAGGCUAGUUUGGGCUAGUUCCAUUGCACAUGAUCAAUGUCAUAAUGUCUUCCAUCUUAAUAUGAUUUCUUGUGUUACGUUGCAUCCCUUCACAGGAAAAAAUAUCUCAUGGAAAAUGUGCAGCCUUGUUGUUCCUUAAGCUUUGACUCUGCUUUUCUAAUAACCUUUUUUUUUUUUAAUUAUGAAGGAAGUCAUUAUUAAGAAGGAAUAGGAAGCUAUUCUCUUCUUCAUUAUUUUAUGUCACACAUUGAUAGAUGCAUCCCCUCUGACAGUAUUUGAAGUGAAUCAGUUGUGACUUUGAGGAUGCUUGCCAAACGGCCAACUGUCUGGCUUUUGUGUGUGUUACACUGCAGCCAUGGUGUACAAAGGGAGGCCGAGAGCACAACAGAGACAGCAUGUUACAAAAGACAAACAGAGCAGAUUUAGAGCCAGAGCCAUAUUAUUUAUUUACAAUUGUCUUCACAAAAUUGUUUUACAAUGCUUAUGAUCUGUUCUUUCAGUCUGUCUAUUUAGAUGUUUGGCAGUGGAAUUAUGUUUAUUUUAUAUUGACCAUUUUCAGUGUAUGUGAAAACAACGGCACGCAUUUUGGGUUUUGAACAUGGCCAACAUUAAUUUGAUGCUUUGAUAGGAUAGUAUGGAAACACAUUUUGGCAAACAGGAUAGGGGCAUUAAAUCAGUUUGUUUAGACUCAAUAGUGUUUGUUUACCCCUACACAAUACGUCAAAUUGUUAGCCAACCAAAUUACGGGCCUAUUUAAAUAUUUACAGUGAAUCAGCGAUGACAAGAUGUUCACUCUCAGUUAUUCAGCAUCUCACAGGAGCUUCGUCGGCAAAUACGUCAAACCACCAUUAAUCACUUCCCUUCUCAUUCCACACUUCCACGACCCCACCCCCCCACCCUCACCCUCCAACAACCAUUCCAGUGUAGUUGAAGCUGCAUCUGAGGCAGCAAGGGAAAGCUUCUGACUGCUGACAUUACUGUGACAAGGUCCACAAUGGUAAACAGUAGUCCCUCUUCAGUGCCAAUCUUCCUAACUUGCUCCAUAUUUAAAACUAUGAGUUAUGAGCACAAACACUACAGUUCUAAACACGACACGUUAUUUUGCCAUGCCAGGUUCUAUUUUGCCAUUACGAGCGAGCAAAUGUGUUGAAUUGGUUCAAAAAGUGGUUUCUUUCUGUAUCUUUUCCUCCUUGAAGUAAUUGAGCAUAGCACAAUUGUAGAGAGAGUGUCACAAACACAAAGGGUUUUUUCAUACUUGAAUGGAUUUGUAUUAACAAUAAUAAUAACUGAAAAUAAAUGAUAUAAAUAAUGAAUACCUGUAUGAUAUAUUUGUGCAGAUAAACUAAUUAUUUUGUUGAAGUGGUUUUGAGUCAGCUCUGUUAUGAGUUUUUGGUUUUAGUCCUGUAUUUGUAGUGAAAUUCUUUUUGGUUUGAUGCUCUCUUUUCCUUUCAUGUUGAAAUACGAGUCCUUAAUUUUGUGUUCGCAUCAGACUCACAAAAAUACCUUUUAGAAAAAUGACAGCAAGAUGUGCGUUGCAUUGUGAUGGGGAAAUGUUGACGAGGAGUGAUCAAAAAAUAAAAUAUGAACUCUUUUCUAAACACA